AUGCUGCAAGAAAAAAGCAAAGAAAAAGAGCUCAUAACUUUACUUAUUAAAGACUUAAAUGAAAGAAGGCGAAAGAACAAGGAACUCACGAUAAAUCUGAGCUUGGGGUGCAAUCAGGGACGGGAUAUAUUUGAUGAGCAAGUCAAGCUGGAUCACAUUUUUUCCAAGAAAAGGCCCAAAAGCGUGCUGAAGAAAGCCUGGAAAAAGGUGCAGGGGCUGUGGAAUGGCAAAUAA